AUGAGAUCCCUUGGGCUCAGAUUGCAAGACGAGAUAUCUCAUACGCUGCAUGAUAACCAAAUUUGGGAAGCGUCCACAUUAGUUCACUUUAAGCUCUUUCUAUACAUUGUACCUCUCAUUUUUAUAUGGUUUUAUCAACAGACAAAAACAGUCUCUAAAUCAAUUCAAACUCAAACUGGUUUAGUUUCAGCUUUUUGGGCAGCUCAAAAUUUCUAUUCGCUUAAUCUCCUUUCAAAUCCAGCUGAAACUCUAUAUCUAAUCUGGAUUGUUGAAGCUUCAGUUGUGAUCCUACUGUACAGUCUGUUUCGGCACAAUCCCGAUAAAUGUUCCUAUUUUAAAGCUGUAGGGAGAGCUUUGCUGGGACUUCCUGCAGGGGCAAUUGUGAAUGCACUUGGAGCUAUUGUAUUGGGGGCGCCUGUUGGCCUUCAGCACUUAAGAAAGACUCUCCAUUGGUCUCUCCUAAUGUCUGUUCUUACAUUCGUCCCUGCAGCUUCCAUUUUUGGCUCCUCGUGGACUGAUUGGCAUAGAAUAUUUGCUCAGACAAAGCCUAUUGGAGCUAUAGAUUAUAUGAUCUGCUUGCCUGCACAUGGAGCUGCUAUAGGAGCUUGGUUUGGUGCGUGGCCUAUGCCUCUUGAUUGGGAAAGGCCAUGGCAGGAAUGGCCAAUUUGUGUGACUUACGGAGCUAUUUUUGGGUACUUGGCUGGAAUGAUGACAUCGUUUGGUUUCAUCGUCUUCAAAAACUGGCGACGUCAUGUCAAAAGAGACUAG